UCCUGCUUCCGGUUCUCCCGCCUGGCUCGCUUGGUAGAGAAAUCUGAUUUUGGGGUAUUUUCUCUCUUGGUGUCCAGGUCGGGAUCAAGGGCAGGAGCCGCGCAGGCAGCCCGAAGGUUUCGGGGCAACCGCUGCAAGGAGAAGAAACGAAGGGAAUAAUGAUGGAGGAGGAGGAGGACCUGGGCAGAGCUGAAGAAGGGAAGAGAAGAGAGGUGGGACCAAGAGGCGACCACGCUGUUCAGAGCGAGAGCGAAGGGGAGCUUCGUGCUGAGAUGGCUCUGAAGCCCAUCAAGCAGGAGCCGGAGGAAGAAGAACGGCAGCAGCGCUGGGAGGCCCAGUGGCAGGAGUUCCUCAAGAGCCUGCAGGCCCCCUAUUUGGGAAGGAAAUACCCUCAGCCGCCCCCUUCCCGCUUAGGAGAGGGUCCGACUGCUCUUCAGUCCCCCUUCCAGGGAACGGCUCAAGCAGCCCCUUGGCCUGGAGGAGAGUGUGGGAUCCAGAACCUGCCAAGCUGGACAAAAGAAGCUCACAAGGUCUGGGGCAUCAGCCCAGAUUCUUCUGCAGCGGUAAAGGAAGAACUGGAUGAGGACGACUCGAUCGUCUCGGAGGUGCAUCGUCGACGCUUCCGGCGGUUCUGCUACUGGGAGGCCGAAGGGCCGCGAGAGGUUUGCCGGCAGCUUCUGCAACUGUGCCGUCAGUGGCUGAAGCCGGAGACGCGCAGCAAGGAGCAGAUCGUGGAGCUGAUCACGCUGGAGCAGUUCUUGAGGGUCCUGCCUGCAGAAGUACAGAGUCGGGUCUGACAAGGUGGUCCAGAGACCUGCGCCCAGGCGGUGGUUCUGGCUGAGGAUUUCAUUCAGGAGCGGGGGAGGAAAGAAGGGCAGUAUCUGGAGCCUUUUGAAGAAGUGAUCGGUCACUGCCCUAAGACAGAAAAGGAUCCGUCAGACGCUGAAGAAAUGCAGCUCACCAUGGAGGCCAAACUGGAGAAUGAUGGGGAAGCUAACAUGUUUAGUAAGUAUG